AUGACCAUGUGUAGCGGAGCGAGGCUGGCCCUGCUGCUCUACGGGAUAAUAAUGCACAGCAGCGUCUACUGCUCACCUGCCGCCGCUGGACUCCGGUUCCCCGGGAUCAGGCCAGAGGACGAGGCGUACGACGAGGACGGAAACCCGUUUCUGGACUUCUACGACCCGGAGCCGCCAGGCGCGGGGAGCCCCGCCUCCGCGCUCUACUACCCCGCGGAGAGGAGAGAUGUCGCCCAUGGGAUCCUUAACAAGGCGUACCGCAAAGUGCUGGACCAGCUGUCCGCCAGGAAAUACCUGCAGACGCUCGUGGCCAAGGGCCUGGGUGGGAACCUGGGCGGCGGCGCGGAGGACGACUCGGAGCCGCUCUCCAAGCGCCACUCAGACGGAAUCUUCACGGACAGCUACAGCCGCUACCGGAAACAAAUGGCUGUCAAGAAAUACUUGGCGGCCGUCCUAGGGAAAAGGUAUAAACAAAGGGUUAAAAACAAAGGACGCCGAAUAGCGUAUUUGUAG